UUAGCCGUAGUCCGUACGUAGAGUAGAGUCAUCCCAUUUCUGAAUCUCCCUCGUCUGGGAAGAUUGCUCGUAAAUCCUCUCAUGGAAGUUGCAUCAGCCUUGGCUACCGGCUUUCAAUCCAUCUUGGGUGGUUAUUCCCCAAUCCAAUCCUCCAAGACCUCUAAGCUCGCCACCGCAUUUGCAGCGCCUCCGGAAAGGGUUUCAGCUUCCGCAGUCUCUUCUCAUGUUACUGAAAAACGCAGCGAAUUUCCGAGUAAGCCCAAGAAUGCGGCCAACCGGCUUCCGAAUAAUCUCCUGGUCUCCAAACAAAAAAAAGAAGCUGCAAUUCUAGAUAUUCAAAAUUCAUCUGAUUUGGCAGCGGCUCUUUUGAGAUCUGGUGAAUUGUUGGAAGCACAAGAUCUGAACGCGGUGUUGCGCCAUUUUGGGAAGCUAAACAGAUGGAAUGAUGUUUGUCAGCUUUUUGAAUGGAUGCAGCAGCAUGGAAAAACUAACACUGCAUCUUAUAGCAGUUAUAUAAAGUUUGUUGGGAGAUAUUCUGACCCCAUCAAAGCCCUAGAGAUAUACAAUAGUAUCGAAGAUGAGUGCACCAGGAAGAAUGUCUCUGUCUGCAACUCUACACUAAAUUGUUUAAUUAAGAGUGGCCAGUAUCACAGUAGCCUUAAACUGUUUAAUCAAAUGAAGAGAGCUGGUUUGGUACCUGAUAUUGUUACUUAUAGUACGUUACUUGUAGGUUGCACCAAAGUGAAAGGCGGUUACUUCAAGGCAAUGGAUUUGGUUCAGGAAAUUAAGUUUAGGAGGUUGGAUAUGGAUAUUGUCUUGUAUGGAACACUUAUAUCAGUCUGUGCUUCACACAAUCAAUGUGAAGAGGCGGAGAAAUACUUUGAUGAGAUGAAGAGUCUGGGUCAUUCGCCCAACAUCUUCCACUAUAGUUCUUUACUAAAUGCAUAUGCUGUUGAUGGAAACUACAAAAAGGCUGAUGAAUUGAUCAAGGAGAUGAGUUCAGCAGGGAUAACUAUGAAUAAGGUUAUCUUAACAACUUUGUUGAAAGUAUAUGCCAAGAGCGGCAUGUUUGAGAAAUCAAGAGAAAUACUUGAUGAAUUGCAAGUUCUGGGCUAUGCUGAAGAUGAGAUUCCAUACUGUAUACUGAUGGAUAGCCUUGCAAAAUCUGGAAAAGUUACUGAGGCCAUGUCUAUUUUUGAAGAAAUGAAGCAAAAGCAAUUGAAAAUUGAUGGCUAUUCCUACAGUAUUAUGAUCAUAGCCCUUUGCCGUAGUGGGCUCAUUGAAGAAGCCAAGCAGUUGGCUUGUGAAUAUGAAAUCAAGAGUAACAAGUAUGAUGUUGUUAUAUUAAACUCAAUGCUUUGUGCUUACUGUCGAUCUGGAGAAAUGGAUAAUGUGAUGAAGAUGAUGAAGAAAAUGGAUGAGUUAGCAAUUAUUCCUGAUUGGAAUACUUUUUAUAUUCUAAUUAAGUAUUUCUGCAAGGAGCAGUUGUAUCUUCUUGCGUAUCGCACCAUGGAGGACAUGCACAAGAAAGGUCAUCAUCUCGACCAGGAUCUUUGUGCCACUUUGAUAAAUCGUCUUGGUAAAGCUGGUGCCCCUUCUGAAGCAUUUUCAGUGUACAACAUGUUAAGAUAUAGCAAGAGAACUAUUAACAAGGCUUUUCAUGGAAAGAUUUUAAAUAUAUUGCUUUCUGGUGAACUUCUUAAAGAUGCAUAUGUCGUGGUCAAGGACAACGGAAACUUGAUCCCUCAACCUGCUAUCAGAAAGUUUGCUACCAACUUUAUGAAAAAGGGCAAUAUAAAUUUGGUAAACGAUGUUAUCAAGGCUAUUCACAGCACUGGGUACAAGGUUGAUCAGGAAAUAUUUUACCUGGCCAUUUCCCGUUACAUCGAGGAGCCUGAAAAGAAAGAACUGCUGCUUCAUUUGCUGCAGUGGAUGCCUGGUCAUGACUAUUGUGUUGAAUCACCUUCAAGGAAGUUGAUUCUUGAGAACUCUCAUAUGCUUGAACAUCGUUCUCUAUCAGAAUUAUUGUUUAAGCAUUCCAUGGUGUUGAAGACAAAUAAAUCUCGAGAAAGGAAAAUAAAAUGAACUUGACCUGGAAACAUUCAACCACAAAGUAGUCUUCUGGAUUACCCUUUAUAGCAACCGAGAGCUGAUCCUGUCAGAUGUCACAAUAGACACUUACACCUCCUGCUGCUCACGCAAAGCGGUCUGAAUUGGACAUAUUGAAAUUAGUCGCAGCUGGGAAUUCUGGACUCUUACGAGAAAUUUCCUCAUGAGCAAUAGGCUUUGGUCUCUGAAGAUAUUAGCAUAUCAUGGGGAGUCUACAAAAGGUGCAAGCCAUUGUUGUUGAAGCUGUGUACUUAUAAACAUUGUUAACAGAAAACAAGUGUCAAGACAAUUACAUUCUCCAGAAAACGCAAAUGAAGGAUACAGUAAUGGUCGAUUUCCUCUAUAUGAAAUGACAGGGAUUGGCUGCACAUAAUGCAGUUCUUGAAUGGCACCCACUGGUAAAACCUUAUCCACUCUUUACUUGCUUUCAGGUUCUUAUCCUUACUUUGCUUCAAUUUAUCUGUGCUGCAUUUCUGUAGAUAAAUGGGAUACUGUGAGCUGUCUUAUUUGGUAGUAAAGUCGAAAUUAGUUUUUUGGCAGAGUCUAAAUUGGAUUUUAAAAGUCACAUAUCUUCAUUUUUGUUAAGUUUUAAGAAUAUCGGAAUUUGAAUAAUGAAUAGAAUCAAUAAAUCUGAUGCAAUAAUGGUAUAAUAAUGGUAAACUUUCAACAGUGCAUUGAAAGGUGCGCCGUACAGCUGGUGUCUUGUCCUAUUUAUUGAUGGGAAAAAUGUGUUGCUUCACAUAUUAAAAACAAAC